AUGGCAUCCGCAGGUAAAUCCUUCCUUCAAAGCAUAAGGCGCUACAUCAAGAAGCCAUGGGAAAUCACUGGCCCAUGUGCUGACCCAGAAUACAAGUCCGCACUGCCUCUUGCCGCCGAUUACCGGCCGUUUUGUCCGGCCACUGAACCGGCCAAGGCCAUCGUCCCGACCUCCGAUCCAGAAACCGUGUUCGACAUCAAAUACUUCUCUCGCGAUCAGCGCCGUAACCGCCCGCCCAUCCGCCGCACCGUUCUGAAGAAAGAUGACAUCUUGAAGAAGACUACAAUGCGUGUGGUGGAGGUUAUUGCAAGUAAUCAGGUUUAAUCUCUCGAAAGACUUGCCUGCAACAAAAAUAAAUUAAAUGGUGUUGUUUCUUUUGGUCAUUACUUUUCUUUUUCUUCCUUUUUAUUUUUUCAUGUCUACACACUUAAAAUACCUCUUACUAAUGCUUUAUUGAAAGCAUAAUUGAAGUUCUUUGUGUUGUAAUAACAAAUAGGUUUCCCAAAUAAGUUGUAGUAGGCCUUGUGGUGGUUUCUUUGGCCCUAUUUGUUUUGUAGGAAAGGACAGGACAGGCCAUGACAAAACAGAUCUAACAUUUGGUGUGCAUUAGAUUCAGACUGAGAUUGGAUAUAAAUUUUACUUUUUUGUCCCACUAAAAAAGACUCAUUGUCAAUCUCAUUUGUGGAGAAGACGUGAAUGUCUUUUUUAUUUUUAUCAUAAAAACAAUCUUAGAAGUUUGUUCAGUUCAGUCCUGUUCAAUUCUGUUAUUUGUAAUAGAUAGUGUUUGGAUGUGAUGUCUUGAAACUGAUUAUGUGGUAUUAGAUAAUUAAAAAGGGAUAAUCGGUUGUGGUGAAACGAGUUGUAGGAG